AGCGGUAUUUGCCGCCCUGAGUGUCGCGUCGCGUCACACAAGUCGCUUGCUGUGGAGUUUCAGCAGCUCAUGUGACGCGCCGCCUACGCAAUUUACUUACAGACUUUUCUGAGUGUUUCAGAGGGAUCUGGAGCAAACUGGCGUUGAGAAACACACCACCCUCCGCGAAGAACAACAACAACCGGAGCGACAAAACCCGUUGAAGUUGUGCCUCAGAAGCGUCUACGUUCCGUUUCCGGCGAUGGUUCCCUGACCUCGUUGCAUAGAAAAGAAGUCCUGCAGCAUUCGCGAGGAUCCGGCGGCGUUCCGGUCAUGUCCUUCAUCCGUCCGGAGAGUUCCCUGUCUGUGGCUGAGUGGCUGAACGCCCUGCGGCUCGACCAGUACUGCUCCGUCUUCCAGGAGGCGGGGCUUGGAACGCUGUGGGAGUGUCAUGAUCUAAGCUCCGCCCAGCUGCAGCAGAUGGGCGUGGCUCUGCCCGGCCACAGGAAGCGGAUCCUCGGCAGCCUGCACAAGCUCCUCCCCUCGGCGGGGGGGAUGGAGGAGGACGAGGAGCGUGUGGAGGAGAGGCCCGUCGCCCAAAAAAGAACCAAAUUCAGAAAGACUGCAGACGAGGGGACGACGGAAAACAGCGACGCAGGUAGACGUCGACCUCCCAUCCCGCCUCGGGUCAUGCCCAAUCGACCCCCCGUUCCCUUCACGCCCGGGUCGGUAACAAUGGCGAGCGCUCCUGAGCCUAUCAGCAUCCCCGAACAAAAGGAAACGCCCACACCUGCCGGCCGAUCCAAGCCCAUCCCAACUCCGAGGCCACGCCCAGAACACCUGUCUCUUAAAGGGCCGGCGCAGCAGCUCCAGACAAGCGAGAGGAAACCGUCUCCUGUGUCUCCAUCUUUAUCCUCCUCCUCAUCGGAGUGCUUCCACCUGUAUGAACAGUGUUCGUCUCCCGCUCAGGGAGAAGCGGGGAUUCCUCCUCUUCCUCCUAAGAGCUACACGGUGGGCGUGUCUAAAGAGCCCAGAGAUGUCCCGUACAUGCCCCCCGUUCCACCUCCUCGGGUCUCCUGCAGCACGACUGUGAGUCCCAUGAGCACGUCAUCAGGAAGCCCGCCCACAUUCAGCUCUCCUGCAGAUGACCCCUUCGACACGGAUCGAGUCCCAGACGUCCCGCCGCGAAAGACCAGACCCUCGACGGAGAAGGAGAGCUCAGAGAGAGACGUCAGAAACCAGUUGGAUUCGGAUGAAAGUUCAGCUGAAUAUGACGAGUGCGAGCCCAGCGGAGACGCUAAACUCAUAGACAUGGCCAGCAAGAUGUCCUUGGUGGUUCCCAAGGCAAGGAAAGCCCGUUACAGCAGCCUGUGCAGCGACGACGAGCUGCUGGAGGACGACACCAACUGUUACGAAUCAGUGUCCGAGAAACGGAGUUCAUGGAUCGAAGAUUUCGGUUCGAUCUCUGGCUCUCAGAACAGCAUCUACCUGCCGAACACCGGUCAUGUCAGUACUCCGCCCCCUCGGGAAGACCCCGCCUCCACCAGCGUCCCCGUCAUUAAAAUGGGCUGGCUGUACAAGAAUCCUCCUCAGGGGUCUCUGAUCUACCAGCACCGCUGGGUCAAACUGGACGCUGAAUACCUGAGAUACUUCGACACUGAGAAGGACGUCUACUCGAAGAGGAUCAUCCCAACGCUGUCCAUCACCAGUGUGGUCAACGUUGGAGAGCAGAAGUUUGAAGUGGUGACGCACAAUCGCACUUUCCUGUUCGGGCCGAGAGCGACUUGGAGCGGAGCGAGUGGGUGUCGGUGUUGAAGAGCUGUGUGGGGGUCUCCCACGCUCGCACCAGUCUGGACGUGACCUUUAACCCCUGCGUGAGCUCCGAGAUGAAGGGUUACCUGGAGCUGCGCGGCCUGCGCUCCAAACUCUACACCGUGGUGUGUGCAGAUAAAGUCUUCCUCUACAAGAACACUGAGGAUUAUCGUCUGGGGAUCGGCAUCACCUCGAUUGAUAUGAAUGUUGGUAAUGUGAAGGAAGUGGAUCGGAGAGCGUUCGAUCUGACCACACCGUAUCGUAUAUUCAAGGUGAGACUUUCAUGUGUUCAUUCACGUUUACGGUUCAAGAUACUUUCCGUCCAUCAUGCAUUCAUUCACUUUUUCUGCUCUCUUCCUCCAAAUCAAGUGUGG